AUGGCUGCAUCCCGCAGCAUCAGCACAGGCGGCCUCGGUAACCCAAGCCGCAGCACCACCACCACCACCAGCACCAGCGGCAGCACCAGCACCACCAGCAGCGGAAACGGCGGUCUCAGCAGGCAGGGCACCUUGGGGGGUUCAUUUGGCUCCAGUGGGCUUCUGAGUCGCAACCGUGACCAGCCGAGCAUCAUCGGCGGCGCGGCAGCCAGCCGCGGCGGCGGCGGCGUUGCCACCUCCCCGCAGCUGUCGCCAAUACUGCGGCCCUUUUUGUCGCCACCUAUCGGGUCCGUCGCGACAUCUCAGAAGCAGGGGUCGGGCGCGUCCACCACCCCCAAAAAGUCCCCGAGCGGCAGUCAUCACAGGAACACCACCCACGGCGGGCGGCAUUCCGCGGCGCAGUGGCGCGGCGCGUACGCCGGCGGCGCCGCAGCGCCGGAAGGGGCGCUAUUCGAGGAGGAUGUGUCGGCGCCGGCGCCGGCGCCCGAGCAGGCCGCGUCGAUCGCGCUCAAGCUGACCAGCACGUGCCCUGGCGCCACCCUGGAGGCCCUAGUCCACCUGCGCGACGCAGAGGGGGGCGAGUGGCUCACCGCCGGGGUCAUCGUCGUGUCGGCGGGCUCCACCGCGGACGUGGGCCGCACCGACAAUCGCGUCGUGUACGUGUACGCGCAGCAGCGCGGCGGCGAGGACUGCGACGGGGGCGGCCGCUGCUGGAGGGGCGCGGCGGGGCCGUGGUCGUUCGAAGGGAAGGAUUACAGAUUCCAGGAGGUCACAAUCCCGGCUGACGCCGGCUCCUACUACGUCCACACUUUCAAGUGCUGA